AUGGCCGUGCUCAGGGUGUCUUCUUAUCGCAAGCUGUUUGAGGAUGAUAACUGGAGUCGAAAUGGAGGGUUGAGUAUGCAGUGUGCAGGCCAGUACCGGGCCUCCGUCAGAGGUGCAGCCGCUGGCGAGUGUGACUGUGACAAGUUCGACUUUGAAUCUGCUAAGGCUCUCAACAAGGAGGGUCUGAACCGGUUUGUCCAGGACCGCACCUUCAUCGCUGCCCUCAAUGACCGCCUGGUCAGGCUUAUUAAACUGGCCCAUUGUUUUGAGGAGGAAAAUGAGUCUCUUGAAUGUCAGAUUGCUGAAAUAAAGGACAAGCUGAGCAGUCGACAAGCGCCCUCCGGCAUCACCUCCACCGUGGCUGAGCCUGACUACAGUCUGGAUGCAGUGGUGGAAAGACUGCGCAGGGAGCGGGAUGAGAUCCUGUGUGACACCGAGGAGCUGCAGAAAGAGCUUGAACGUCUGAUGGGAGAAUAUGAGAAGGCUGCACAGCAGAGGAUCCUCUUCCAGCAGGAGCGACAAGAUGUUGCAGAGGAAGUGGACGCUGUGACAGCAGGGUGUUUGGCGUUGAGGGAGCAAGUGGCUAUCUACGAGGAGCAGCUGGCCAACAUGGAGGCCCAGCACAAGACGGAGGUGGAGGGUCUGCUGGAGCCAGCUGAGGGGACCACCGGAGGGGUGGCAGCUAUUAGAUUUGGCAUCCCUGACAUCACUCCGGCCUUGGAUUUAAAGGAGUACUACUGCCAGCUGGCGGAGAGCCUCCAGUACGAGUGUGGCGCAGCCUCUUCUGCUGUGGUUCACAGUGCCGAUGGAAAACAACUGGAAGUGGGAGGAGCAGCAGGGUCAACAGUCAAAGACUUGUCAGAGAUAAAGGAUGUCAGUGAGAUGAAGAUGCUGAUUUCAGAGCUACAGAAGGAGCUUGCUGAGCUUGACAAGUGUAACGAGGAGCUGGAGGAUGAGGUGGAGAUGAAGGAGGCCGCAUACAUGGACGAGAUUGCUGAGCUGGAGUGUACUAUAGAUGAAAUGCAGCGCCAGGAGGCCAACUUCCGAGCGCAGAUGAAGGAGCAGUGUGAAGACUACAAGGAGCUGCUCAGUGAGAAGAUGGCCAGAGACAUGGAAAUCACUGCCUACAGGAGUCUGGUGGAGGAAGAGGAGGAGAGGCUGGGCAACCUGUGUCUUGAGGCCUGAGAGUCAGACUGGUUGGCUGGAGUGUGGCUGGAUGCUCCCCCGCACAUGGAUUAGAAAAUAGACUUAAGAGAAACGUGAAAAACACGCCCAGAUCUGCACUAGGAUGAAGCUUAAGGUACCACUGCAGCAAUUUAAGCAGAUGUAAACUUAUCAUGACAGAUUAAUGCCGUCUGGAGGCCUAAGCCGGGCCAUUGAUAACAGGUCGCUGGCAGAUGACCCCGAGACUCCAAGAAAGAUGGAGCUGUCUAAAACGGGUGGGAGGAUGGGGGCCGUGCGAUGAGUGUGUAUCCAUUCAGUGUCUGGCAGGGAUAUUUCCUUAAGUGGGUUUUAUCUUAAACCAGCUCACUGAGAUGAUUCAUAAAUGUUUUGUCCCCUCUUUGUUGAACAAGUCCCACACAAACACAGAAACACAGAUACAGACGCACACGAGCUAAACUGUGUGGCCCCGUGGAUUCAUUGCACCUCAUCCAUCACUCAAACUUUGUCUGAUUACCAGCUCUUAACCCUUGACCUCUUCGCUGUUAGCAAACAUAUUGACAGCUCUCCCCUCAGUAACUGAGAGCAUCUCACCUUCACGUUGCUUUUACAGUCAUGCUUUCUUGACGGUUUUGCGUAUGACGCUGACAGUCAACUGUGCAGCGCGCUGUUUGCUUUUCAAAUGGUUCAUGAAGUUUCCUGCAGCUCCUACAAAGCGAGCACCUGGAUCUUUCCACAAGAGAAGUCUGUGUGAUUCAUUAUUUCUCCUUUGAAGAGCAAUGUCCCAAUUUGCUGUCGUUUCAGAAAUUAGCAUUGGGUAAUACAUUCCUCUGUAAUCUUUUCCGUAUUUUCUACAUGACAUUCAAGCUCUCUGUGAUAAAUCA